AGCAGUGCCCCGAUCCUAAAUGCAACUGGCCACCAUUUCUCGUAUAUAAUUACGCUCGUCCGCCCUCUCUGUUCACACCAUGAGCUACCCUCGCCCCUUGACUCCCGCCGCUCCGCGACCAUGAACUAUACCUUCGUCCUGGGCUUUGCGGCCGCGGCCGCGGUCCUCCAGAUCAUUCGCAUGGUGCUAGCUUCAUGGCAGCACUCGCGCAAGGCUCGCGAGCUGGGCUGUGGCAGUCUGCCUUUGUUCCCCUGCAAGGACCCCAUCGGCAUCGAUACCUUGAAGCAGUCGCUGGCCGCCGACAAGGCGAAGCUCUUGCCGGAGCUGUCGUCGAGUCGUGUCGGGAUCGUGAGUGAACAGGAGGGCCGCUACGUCACUACCUAUGUGUUACGCAACCUUGGUCGCAACCUGGUGUUUACCAUUGAUCCUAAAAACAUCCAGGCCGUUCUGGCCACCCAAUUCAAGGACUUUGAGCUGGGCGAGGUGCGCCGUCAUAGUAUGCACCCGUUGCUCGGCACUGGAAUUUUCACCGCCGAUGGAGAGGAAUGGUCCCGAUCCCGUGGAUUGCUGCGCCCACAAUUCACUCGCGAGCAAAUCAGUCAGCUCGAAUUGGAGGAACAACAUGUGCAGAAAGCAAUGCAGGCCCUGCCCGUUGCUACUAAUGGCUGGACCGCGGCGACCGAUCUUCAGACCAUUUUCUUCCGUUUGACUAUCGACUCCGCCACCGAGUUCUUAUUCGGUGAAAGUGUAGAGAGCCAAUUGGGUGCAAUUAAAGGCCUGCAGCGACCCGAGGACUCGUUUGCCUACUUCUUCGACAAGUCGCAGUGGGUCUGUGCCCAGCGCAGCCGCUUCGAGAAACUCGCCUUCGUCGUGAACAACAAGGAAACCCGGUACUCGGAUAAACAGGUGCACGACUUUGUGGACCGGGUUGUAAGCAAUGCCCUAAGGGCCGUGGAAAGCGGCAAGCCCCCCGUCGACGAGGAAAAGUCCCAGCACUAUGUCUUCCUCGAUGCCCUGGUCUCCGUCACCCGCGACCCCAUCGAGCUGCGCUCACAGCUCCUAAAUAUCCUCCUCGCCGGUCGUGACACUACCGCCUCCCUCCUUAGCUGGACCGUUAUGAUGCUCGCACGCCACCCGGAGACCUUUAAGAAGCUGCGCGAGACUGUCAUCGAGAACUUUGGUACCUACUCCAACCCGCGAAACAUCACUUUCGCCACCCUCAAGUCCUGCCAGUACCUGCAGUACUGCAUGAACGAGUCCCUCCGCCUCUUCCCUGUCGUCCCCUUCAACCGCCGCGCCGCCACCCGCGACACGACUCUCCCACGCGGCGGUGGCCCGGACGGCCAGUCCCCCGUUUACAUUAAGAAGGGCCAGGCCGUCGUGUACAGCACGCACGUCAUGCACCGCCGCAAGGAUCUUUGGGGUCCCGAUGCGGAUGAGUUCAAGCCCGACCGCUGGUUGAACCGCAAGGUCGGUUGGGAGUAUAUUCCGUUCAAUGGUGGCCCACGUAUCUGUAUUGGACAGCAGUUUGCCCUCACGGAGGCUGGAUACGUGCUUGUUCGUCUGUUGCAGCGCUUCGAUCGUAUCGAGGAUGUUAAUGCUGACCAGAAGAUUCGCUGGGGUAUUACUUUGACUAGCUGCCCGGCAGAUCUAUUGACUGUCCGCAUGCACCAGGCGGAUGAUGCUUGAAGAUCUUGAUAUUGAUAUAUUGAGUGUGGAAAAGGUGGUGAUCUUGGACAUUUAGGUGGCUUUUUGAUUGCCCCUCUCAUUUUCAGUCCCAUUUUUGGUUUGGGGCUUUACACUGUGGUUCCAUUUGCAUUGGCCUUGUGUUGACAUCUCUGUAACGGAUUUCUCGCUGUGUAUGAGAGAUUUGGCCCGUGAUACGACGUUUACGACUUAAUAUAUGCAUUUACAGAUGUAAUUUACUGUUCUAGAUAUUACUUUUGGUGCUGAGCGAGGGUGGUCAUAGGGUGCAUGUAGAAAGAUGUUCUCGUACUCGUUUCCAUCUUUGAUCCAUACCGCGAUGUGGACGAGAAGAAUCCAU